AUGGAGUCUUUCGGAGCUCUCAAGCGUCGGACGACCGAGAUCCUGCAAUCCCUCCCCCAGAACCUCCCCGCCAUGCCGAACAUACCCAGCGUGAAGAGGCCGUCUCUGUCAAGCGGCACAGGCCCGAAAGCUAUGAAGGCCACCUGGGAGCGAAUUGACGUACCACCCCUCGGCCGUUCCUCCCACACCGUCAACGUCGUCAACGGCUCGGCCUACGUCUUCGGCGGCGAGAUCAGGCCCCGUGAACCGGUCGAUAACGAUGUCCACGUCAUCAGGCUGCCGUAUAACAGCGCCGGCGCCGAUUACUACAAGAUCAAGUCCGCCCCCGCGAAGCAGUACAACCCGCCCGUCGAGAAGGCUGAGGAGACGGUCGAAGCCCCGAACCUCAUAGAGAAGGCCGCACAGAAGGAACAACUCCUCGACGAGGUUCCCCUUGCCUCCCCGGGCGUUGCCGAGGAAGCGGAGGAUUCACCCGUCAUGGCUGGCGAAGAAGGCACAUCGUCGGGCCCUGCUCUGGACAAGGGCAAAGGCCCAGCUCUUCCUGAGACCCCCUCCCUCAGCGACGUCCCGGCCCCGCGUGUUGGUCAUGCGACUGCCGUCAUCGGCAGUCGUAUUUUCCUUUAUGGAGGUCGCGGAGGGCUUGACAUGAAACCCCUCGAGGAGGGCGGUCGUGUCUGGGUCUUUGACACACGAACCAAUUCUUGGUCCUUUCUUGAUCCCGUGCCGCCCGCACCUGGGGUAACCAUCCUGCCAAUGCCCUCACCGCGCAGCUACCACUCGGCCGCCGCGACCGAUCGCCCGCGCGACUUCGCCCCCAAGCGCGCGCGUGGCAAGCAGACUUGGAGGGCCUGGGCCCAAGGGGACAGCGCCGAGGUCGGGAUCCCUCAAGCUCCCAUCGUAGGCCACGCUGCUGCCAAUGCCACCGACGAAGAAGAUGACGGAUACGGGACUUUCUUCGUGCACGCCGGCUGCCUCGCUAGCGGCGAGCGCGCCAAUGAUCUCUGGGCUUUCGAUGUCCGAUCCCGAGUGUGGAGCCAGCUGCCUUCAGCGCCCGGACCGGCCCGCGGCGGCGCCGCAAUCACUAUCAGCAAGAGCCGGCUGUUCCGCUUUGGUGGCUUCGACGGCAAGGGUGAAAUUGGUGGACAGCUUGACUUCCUCCACCUUGAGAUGGACACCUUCGACGACGGCGUUUCCAAGGGCGAAAUUGCUGUUCAUGGCCGCGGCGGCUGGCAGAGCAUCGUCCAAGGAGCCAACUCUGGCGAGCAGGAAAUCCACCUCAUUCCGGGCCAGACGUGGCCCGGAAACCGGAGCGUAGCGGGCCUCGAGGCCGUCACCGUCGGUGCCGGCCGCGAGUACCUCCUGCUCAUUAUGGGCGAGCGCGAACCCAGCUCGGAUGGUCAUUCCGGCGCCGGCGCCAUGUGGGACGACGUAUGGGCGUUCCAGGUCCCGCCUCUUGGCAUGACCGCCGCCAGCGUGCGGGAUGCCAUGUGGCAGGCCAUUGGCCGGCCGACGGGCGAAGGCAAGUGGACAAAACUCGUGACGGAGCCGUAUGAUGAUGAUAAUGACGACGGCGAGCCUGAGCCGCGCGGCUGGUUCGCCACGGCACCGAUGGGAGAUGUGGAAGAGGCCGGUGUUGUUGUCUGGGGAGGACUCAGCUCCGAGAACAAGAGGCUGAAAGACGGUUGGAUCCUGAGAAUCCCCGAGUGA